AUGGCUGAGAGCUCUACCAAGAGGUCUCCACAGUCGAACGGUCAACUCCUUCCCAACCAAAAGAUGCGCACAACCUGUAAUGCCUGCCAACAAGCGAAGAUUCGAUGUAGCCACACCUACCCAUGUGACCGGUGCGAGGGUCACGGGUAUGAGUGUGUCUAUUCGAUCUCGCAACCGCUAGGCCGGCCGGCCAAGAGAAAGACGACCCGGCCAGCAGCAGCGGGGGCAGUCGUGAAGGCACGCAGGGGGGAGGUGGAGGUAGUUGACCGUCCGACUCAGCGGAGUGCGGGGGAGGGCACCGAGGCCAACCCCAGCAGCGAGGGCGCAGAGGGCGCGCAGGGUCCCGAAUCGGGUCCCGAGUCCAACAACAGCAUCGGGCUCGGGGCCGGCACUGAAGUAACACCACCGGAGGAAGACUCUCAGUGGCCGAGUUUCACAGCCCUGUUCUCGGAGGUUCCAGAAAACAACACAAAUGGAGAAGGGGUCCAGGACCAGGAUGUCGUCAGCGCAAACGAGGCCUAUACCCACCACGUCGAUCCAGGAUUCGCCGACACAAUCCUGGCCAGCUCGUUUGGAGGAACUGACGGAUUCGGAAGUUUUGGGGGUCCCCGUUUUCCUGAACCGCGUGUUGACUAUACCACACAGUGUCAUGCUCCCCAGAUCGCAUCCAUCCACACCUCUGCGCCGGGCACCCAAGCCGGAUCACUCUUUCGGGGUGGUGCAAUCUACCCCUUUAGUCUCGCACCGAACGCAAUUCAGGUCUCCGGAACAGUCCAGGAUCCGGCCAGAAUCAUGGAAUUGCCCUCCAAUGAGAUCUGGGACGAACCCAUGGAAACUGAUUCCAGUCAAUCUCUCGAGCCUAGAGAGAUUGAUUUCGAGACAAUACCGGAAGAUGCUUCUUCCCUUCACUGCAAUUGCUAUGACCAAGCGUUCAGUGAAGUCGUUCGGCCCGACGAGGCAAAAGGGUCAAACAGCGUAUUGCUCCACCUGGAAAGGGUGCAGCAACAGGGAGUGGUCAUCCUUCAAUGUCCAGCGUGCUGUGCUUCAAACGCCAGGGUUAACAUUCUCACUUUAUUAGUCAUGGCGAUUGAGAAUGCAGCACGGGCGUUGAAGAUGCGCCGUUGCCUAUCUCAUUUGUCAAUAAUCGUCCGUUUCAUCAACCAAGACCUCCAAUGUGCCUCGCCUUCAAAAUGGCACCUUGUGAUGGUGGACGAGACAGAUCGUCGGCUUCAGUCGAUUAUUCGAAUUUUCGAGUGA